UAAUGGUGCAUACACAAAAAGGCUUAAAACAUCUGUAUUCAGGAGUACAUGUAUGGACGGAGGUACAUGAGUCCAACAAAACAAUAACAAGUAAAUGUGCAAGUUCGCUCGUGCGUAUGGACUAGAUAAUGAGCGCGCGUCUCUGCCGCUGUUCCCUCACUUCAUUCAUUGCUUCCUGCGCUGCUGCAGGCGCUCACACUGCUCACCACGCUGGGAAGAAGAGGCUUUAAACCUGGACCAUGAGGGGCUCCUGCUGCCCGAGAAACACGCGGGACAGGGCAGUAUGUAUGACCAACUGCCCGACACUCAUUGUGACUGUAGGACUUCCAGCUCGAGGGAAAACAUACAUUUCAAAGAAGCUGACUCGCUACUUAAACUGGAUAGGUGUGCCAACCAAAGAGUUCAAUGUUGGCCAGUACCGAAGGGAGUGUUUGAAGAUAUACAAGUCCUUCGAGUUUUUCCGUCCAGAUAACGAAGAGGGCUUAAAAAUCAGACGUCAAUGUGCAAUGGCAGCACUCAACGAUGUUCGGCAGUACCUGUGUGUUGAAGGAGGACAGGUGGCGGUCUUCGACGCCACAAAUACGACAAGAGAAAGAAGAGGAACCAUCGUCAAGUUCGCUGAGCAAAAUGGCUUUAAGGUGUUUUUUGUGGAGUCUGUGUGUGAGGACCCGGAUGUCAUUGCACAGAACAUUGUGCAAGUAAAGCUGGGCAGCCCUGACUACAUACACUGCAACACAGAGGAGGCCAUUGAGGACUUCAUGAAGAGAAUCAAGUGUUAUGAAUCCUCCUACCAGCCUCUGGAUGAGGUUCUGGACAGGGAUCUGUCCUACAUAAAGAUCAUGGAUGUGGGCCGUCGUUACCUGGUGAACCGCGUCCUUGACCACAUCCAAAGCCGGAUCGUCUACUACCUGAUGAACAUCCACAUUACUCCACGCUCCAUCUACCUGUGUCGCCACGGUGAGAGCGACCUCAACAUCAAGGGACGCAUCGGAGGCGACUCUGGUUUGUCCACCAGGGGGAAAGAGUUUGCCAAGAGUCUAAGGAAAUUUAUCCAGGACCAGAACAUCAAAGAUCUGAAGGUUUGGACCAGCCAGAUGAAGAGAACAAUCCAGACAGCGGAGUGCCUGGGAGUGCCAUAUGAACAGUGGAAAUCGCUCAAUGAAAUAGAUGCUGGUGUGUGUGAGGAAAUGAUGUAUGAAGAGAUCCAGGAGCAUUACCCUCUGGAGUUUGCACUGAGAGACCAAGACAAGUACCGCUACCGCUACCCUAAAGGAGAGUCGUAUGAAGACCUGGUGCAGCGAUUGGAGCCUGUGAUCAUGGAGCUGGAGAGACAAGAGAAUGUUCUGGUCAUUUGUCACCAGGCCGUGAUGCGUUGUCUUCUUGCAUAUUUCCUAGACAAGCCUGCAGAUGAGUUGCCUUAUCUUAAGUGUCCUUUGCACACUGCGUUGAAGUUGACCCCCCUGGCUUAUGGAUGUAAAGUGGAGUCUAUCUAUUUAGGCGUGGACGCUGUGAACACACACAGGGACAGACCAGAGAAUGUGAAUGUGCGGCGCACCACCGAAGACGCUCUGCAAACAGUCCCAGCUCACUUCUAAUCCCCUGCACUUCCUGUUCCAGCUGAGACCUGGUCCCACUCUCUGUUUGGACCUCUGAAUAGCAUUAUGGGUAUGGUGCUGUUUCAACUGCUCACUGUGGCAGCUUCUUCACUGAUGUGGAGAAACGAGUAUCUUCCCAGACUCACACUGUAAAGCACUUUCACUAAAUGUCAUCCAUUUUUAUACAUCUGUUAUUUUUGAUAUGUGGAUUUACUGUUACGAUAAAACCAUUCCAUUAAUGUUCAGCAUCUUUCUCCCUAAUUAUAUUUAAUAUCUACUGUAUAUUGUGCAUUGUGUACACUGCCAUAUGCUUCCAGUGUUUCUGAAGGUGUUUUUAUUGCAUCAUAACACAGGAGGAGAGUGCAACUACUUCUGAUGUUCUUGAUUAAAGUUGUAAAUAUGUGACUGUUUAAGAAACUCAUCAGAAAACACAAAUGAAGUUGUUUUUUUUAACAGGAGUUUUUUCUGUUUGUUGCAUUAUAUACUGUAUAUUAAAAAAGAUGACCGUUCAGUGUACUUACUCUGUGUAAACAAAGAUUAAAAUGAGUCUUUAACACUCCAGAGGUGAAGAUCAGAUUCUUACACCACAAAGGAUGGAAAUGACAUAAAUGCAAUUGAACCUUUUCUUUAAAAUGUAGUUUAUGUUCUGAAACCCGAAAUCUGGAGAUGAGGCCCGUCCUCUGCGAUUGUUAUGGUAGAACCAAAAAGGAUUUUUGGUAUAGAAUUUGUGGUCUUUCGCUGUCAUACCUGCUUCUAUUUGGAGUAAAAAAUAAGGUACUGUGCAAACUGUACAAGCAUGUCUGUCUGAUGUGAGUUUUGUGUGUAAACCAACUUGUAUUAUACAGUACAUCAUUUUUUGGGAGAAAUCUGUACAAUUUCUGUAAUAUUAUACAUUUGAUAUUGUAUAUAAAUGUACUGAAUAUAUAAUUCAAAAUGCCUUGUUCAUCCUCAGCUGUACAAACCUCAAUAAACCUUCAAUGCUUGAGGGAAA